GUUGAGUGUAAAAAGAAGAAGGUUUCAGGAGAAAAACACAGUGUACAGGUUCCUCUGUAGCAGUAGAAAUGUCCUCCAGAAUGAGCAACUCUGUGAAACAGGACAUAAAGAAAGAUGAGAGUCUGAUUCAGGGUAAGAGAUCAGACUCACCUGAACCCAGCUGUGUGUCCAUGAAGAGUGAUGAGUCAAUGUAUCAGCCAAUAUACUUUAAAGACACAGACUGUACUACUGAUCUGAGACUGCAGAAGAAGAAAUCAAAGAUCACUGAGAAGAGUCAUUUAGAGGCCAUAUUCAAGGAUCUGGAGCACAAAGUCAUCACUCUGCUACAGAAUGAACUGAAGAGAUAUAAGAAGCUCCUGAGUCCAGAUUACCCAGCAUGCUCUGAGAGGGAGGUGGAGGAUGAGGAGGAUCAGAGCAGUGUCAGAGAGGGAGUGCUGAAGAUCACACUGCACUUCCUGAAGAACAUGAAGCACACAGAUCUCGCUAACACACUGCAGAACAAACUCGUCUCUGUGUACCAGCGAAAACUCAAAUCCAAACUGAGAGAGAAAUGUAGAAUUACUGAAGGAAUCUCACAGCAUGGAAGCUCAGCACUUCUGAAUGAGAUCUACACAGACCUCUACAUCACAGAGGGUUGGAGUGGAGACAUCAAUAAUCAACAUGAGGUGAGACAGAUUGAGACAGUGUCCAGGAGACCAGCAACACAGGAGACACCCAUCAAAUGUAAUGAUCUCUUUAAAGACAAGUCCAUCAGAAGUGUGCUGACUAAAGGAGUUGCUGGAAUUGGAAAAACAGUCUCUGUGCAGAAGUUCAUUCUGGACUGGGCUGAAGGAAAAGCAAAUCAGGACGUCACCUUCAUGUUUCCACUUCCCUUUAGAGAGCUGAAUCUGAUGAAGCAGAAACAUCUCAGUCUGAUGGAUCUUCUUCAUCACUUUUUCCCAGAAAUAAAAGAAUUACGAUUAAUAGACUGUGAGAGGAAUAAAGUGGUGUUGAUCUUUGAUGGUCUGGAUGAGUGUCGACUUCCUCUAAAUUUCCAGAACAAUGAGAGAUUGUGGGAUGUGACAGAAUCAGCCUCAGUGGAUGUGCUGCUGACGAACCUCAUCAAGGGGAAUCUGCUUCCCUCUGCUCUCCUCUGGAUCACCUCUCGACCAGGAGCAGCCAAUCAGAUCCCUCCUGAGUGUGUAGACCAGGUAACAGAGGUACGAGGGUUCAGUGAUCCUCAGAAAGAGGAGUACUUCAGGAAGAGGAUCAGUGAUCAGAGCCUGGCCAAUGAAAUCAUCACACACAUGAAGUCUUCAAGAAGCCUCUACAUCAUGUGUCACAUCCCAGUCUUCUGCUGGAUCUCAGCCACUGUUCUAGAGGGAAUGUUGGGUGAAGCAGAGAGUGGAGAGAUCCCCAAGACUCUGACUCAAAUGUUCACACACUUCCUGAUCUUUCAGAUCAAACACAAGGACCAAAAGUACCAUCAGAAAUGUGACCCUGAUCCUCAGCAGACCAGAGAGAGUAUCCUGGCACUGGGAAAACUGGCUUUCCAACAGCUGGAGAAAGGAAACCUGAUCUUCUAUGAGGAAGACCUGAGAGAGUGUGGCAUUGAUGUCAGAGAAGUGUCAGUGUACUCAGGAGUGUGUACUCAGAUCUUCAGAGAGGAGUUUGGGCUUCACCUGGGGAAGGUGUUCAGCUUUGUACAUCUGAGUGUUCAGGAGUUUCUGGCUGCUUUAUACACAUUUCUCUCCUUCAUCAGCAGAAAUGUAACAGAACAACAAACCACUGAUCUGUCUGAUCUUUUCACCAAAUCAAACAUGUCUGAUUUCCUGAGUUGUGCAGUGGACAAGACCUUACAGAGUCAGAAUGGACACCUGGACCUGUUCCUUCGCUUCCUUCUGGGUCUCUCACUGGAGUCCAAUCAGACUCUCUUACGAGACCUACUGCCCCAGACAGGAAGUAGCUCUCACAGCAAACAGGAAACAGUCGAGUACAUCAAGGAGAAGAUCAGAGAAAAUCCAUCUCCGGAGAAAUCCAUCAAUCUGUUCCACUGUCUGAAUGAACUGAAUGAUGAUUCUCUAGUACAGGAAAUACAACGUUACCUGAACAAAGAAGGUUACUGGUGUUUUAAUAAAGUCAGACUCUCUCCUGAUCAGUGGUCUGCUCUGGUGUACGUGUUGCUGAGCUCAGAAGAGAAUCCAGAGUUGUUUAUUUUUAAAAAAUACCAGUUAUCAGAUGAAUGUCUUCAAAAGCUGCUGCCAGUCAUUGAAACAUCAAGAAAAGCAGAGCUGCGUUGGUGUAAUCUGACAGAGGAAAGCUGUAAAGUUCUAUCCUCAGUUCUCCGCUCAAAAUCCUCCAGUCUGAGAGAACUGGACCUGAGUUGCAAUUAUGAACUGAAGGAUUCAGGAGUGAAGCUGCUCUGUGCUGGACUGGAGAAUCCACACUGUACACUGGAGAUACUGGAUCUUUCUCAGUGUAUGCUUACAGAGAAAAGCUGUAGAAUUCUGUCCUCAGUUCUCAGUUCAAACUCCUCCAGGCUGAGAGACCUGAACCUGAGUGAGAAUAAACUGCAGGAUUCAGGAGUGAAGCUGCUCUCUGCUGGACUGGAGAAUCCACACUGUACACUGGAGAUACUGAGGGUGGUGGGCUGCAGUAUUACAGUUGAAGGUUUUGCUACUCUGGUCUCAGCUCUGAGGUCAAACCCUUCAUCACACCUGAGAGAACUGCAUGUGUACUGGAAUAAACCAGGAGAAACAGGAGUGAAGCUGCUCUCUGAUCUACUGAAGGAUCCACACUAUAAACUGGAAAAAAUCCAGUUGGAGCAGUUUUUCAGUCUCACAUGUAGAAGAUAAAUGAUAAAAAUUAGAAAUCAUAAAAAUAAUGCAGGACAGAAACAAGAACAUAAGGUGAAACUCAUUCAGAUUUUUAUUCAGAAUGUAUCGAUAAUGAAGUUAGAAUUCUGUUUGGUUCUGGUUAAUCAGAAGGUCAAUGUAAGAAUGUACCUUUUGUAACUUUGAAUUCAUCUUAUCAAACAAUUUAAGUAACAAAUGUGCAAUAUGUUCUAUCAUGUAACUUGAGUAUGUAUAUAUAAAAAUCAGUGGUGGGCCAUGCAUUUGGUACCUGGGUCUUCAGUGGGGACGUACCCGACUUAAUCCACCUCUUAAUACCACCGCUGUCAUGUUAUUAUGCAAUUACAGAAACCAUCAAUACAAUACAAAAAUACAAUAUAGCAACACGUGGAUAAGUUUCUUUUCUAAUUAUGCUGAUGUACGCUCUGGUCCAUAAGUAUUUAGUCAAUGCAGUUAUCUUUUUUUUUUUUUUAAUGAUCAAAAGAAAAUUGUAGGAUAUGAAAGAAUAGACUCCUGAUCCAAAACAUACUACAUUAUCUGUGAAACUAUACUUGAUAAAUUAUGUAAAAAUUAUAAGAUUGCGCUUCACCGUACAGAGGGAUAAUCCCUUAUAAUACACCGUGAAAGCAAUCUAAAAUCACCUUAAGUCUCUAUUAGUCUUUUAGUCACCUGAGCUUAACCCUAAACAAAAUCAACAUAGGCCUAGAGAAGCAUCUCUGGGGAAAACUCUCAACAUUUAGAUUUGUAUGGAUUCCAGAUUUUAGGCAGUCUUUGGCUACACAGACUUUGCAUACAACUAUAAAAUAUCUUAUAUUUGUAAUUGAUAUGUUGCCCAACUUUUGAUCCUGGGUAAAUUACAAAUACCUUGCUUAAACCCACAUUAUACACUUAUCACAUUUUAAAUGCUUUGAAUUGAAACUUUACAUACAUUGUGUAACUUUUGUGCAACUGAAUUGUCAAUUAAAAUAAA